AUGCCGGACAUUCUGGAUGAUGUUUGGGAAUCUGAUGGUGGUGAGGAACUUAAGGAACCAUCCUCCUUUGAUAUAAAGAAACUGCGAGACAGUCAUAUCAAAAGAGGAUAUCUGGAUGGGGUCACAAAAUCCAAGGAUACCAACCUGCAGAAAGGGUUUAAUGAGGGUUUCCCUACGGGUGCCGAGAUUGGACUCAAAAUUGGAAAGCUUAUAGGUAUAUUGCAGGCUCUCAAUCUGAAAUACGGGGAAGAGGACGAUGAACUUCGGGAGAAUCUUAAGCUUGCUCAACACGAACUCCUAAUACAAAAAGUUCUUACCAAGUCAAUGUUCGAUCCUGAUUUGAAUUUGCAAGGAGAACAUGUAAUCGUCAAGAAAUGGAUAAGCAUAGUGGAGAUGCAUUGUAAAAAUUAUUCUAUAGAUACACGUUUAUAG